CGUCAAGUUGAUGUAUACACACCACAUGUUCCAUAACAUAACCUCAAUCUUUUUUAAAUCUCAAUUUUAAAAGUUUUGUGAAUAUUAAUAAAGAAAAAUGAUUCCAAACGAAACUAAUACUGACUUAAAACGUCUAUUAUGUCGUUUAAAAUCGGAUACGGGCGAAACUGUCGGAGAUAUAAUGGAUUUACCCACAAAUGUAACUGUGGAACAGCUUUCCUUAAUUUGCAACAAACUUUUAGAGCAAGAAGAGAAUGUGCCUUAUUUAUUCUUUGUUGAUGAAAAAGAGAUUAAAACAGAUUUAUCAAGUGUGAUAGAUUUGCAAACGUUAAACACAGAAAUUGUUUUGGAUAUUGUUUAUCAGCAACAAGCUGUAUUUAGAGUUCGUCCAGUAACGAGAUGUACAAGUUCUAUACCUGGGCAUGCCGAAGCUGUUAUUUCAGUGAGUUUUAGUCCUAAUGGAAGACAUUUAGCAAGUGGUUCAGGUGAUACUACUGUUAGAUUUUGGGAUAUCAAUACACAAAGUCCUUUAUAUACUUGUAAAGGUCAUAAUAAUUGGGUUUUAUGUAUCGCUUGGUCUCCAAAUAGUAAAAAGUUAGCUUCUGCUUGUAAAAGUGGUAAAUUAAUAAUUUGGGAUCCAGAAAAUGGACAACAAAUUGGAAAAGCAAUGAUUGGGCAUAAACAGUGGAUAACAUGUUUAAGUUGGGAGCCCUAUCAUUCAAACACAGAAUGUAGAUUUAUUGCAACUUCAUCAAAAGAUUGUGAUGUUAGAAUUUGGGAUACCAUUUUAGGUACAACCGUACGUACUUUAGCUGGGCAUUUGAAAAGUGUAACCGUAGUAAAAUGGGGUGGAUCAGGAUUAAUUUACACUGCAUCUCAGGAUCGAACUGUUAAAGUUUGGAGAGCUAAAGAUGGGAUAUUAUGUCGCACAUUAGAAGGGCAUGCUCAUUGGGUAAAUACUUUAGCAUUAAACACGGAUUAUAUACUUCGAAUUGGACCUUUUGAUCCUGUGAAAGACCCCAAUGAUACAAAACAAAACGAUGGUGUUGAAAAAUUGAAAGAAUUUGCUUAUACAAGAUUUAAAAGUAUAGUUCAAGUUUGUGGGGAAAGAUUAGUUUCGGGUUCAGAUGAUUUCACAUUAUUUUUAUGGGACCCUGAAAAAGAAAAGAAACCUUUAGCCCGAUUAACGGGACACCAACAACUCGUAAAUGACGUUAAAUUUUCUCCAGAUGGUAGACUCUUAGCUUCAGCCUCAUUCGAUAAAAGUAUAAAAUUAUGGUCAGCAAAGAAUGGAAAAUUUUUAAAAACUUUACAUGGGCAUGUUCAAGCGGUUUAUAUGGUCGCUUUCUCAGCAGAUUCUAGACUUUUAGUUAGUGGCAGUGCUGAUUCGACAUUAAAACUAUGGAAUUUAACAAGUUAUAAAUUGGAAAGGGAUCUUCCUGGACAUGCCGAUGAAGUUUACGCUGUUGAUUGGUCGACAGAUGGAUCUAAAGUUGCAUCUGGGGGAAAGGAUAAAGUUUUAAAAUUGUGGCAAAAUUAAUUUAAAUAUAUACAAUAUUGUAUAAGAAAAA